UCCAGCACAACAGCACACAAAACUCGGAAGGACUCGGAGAUCACAAACACACGAGAGAAGACUGGAAGGAGGAUUCUUGAGAAACUUUUAGAGGACUGAAAUAAGAGUGAGAGAGAAAGAAAGAAAGAGAGAGAGAGAGAGAGAGAGAGAGAGGAGGUUGAAAACUUGUUUGGCAGGAUUUUUUUUUGUGUGUGUUGUUGGAGAGUGAUAUUGUCUCGUCACAGAAUACUUUGCACCCUGCGUGUCGGACAGUGGUCUCUUCUUGCUCGGCAGGUGUAUUAAACCGUUCAAAUGGAAAACAACUUCUCUGCUAACGACAGCCAGGACGCUGAUUGUGAGGCCACGAACAAGAAUCUGUAUAACUUCUAUGCGGCUGUCAUGAUUGUGAUUUUCAUCCUGGCUCUGCCUCUGAAUGCAUCCGUCCUCCACCUCUUCAUAUUCAAGCUGAAGUUCUGGAAAACCAGCACCAACAACAUCUUCCUUUUCAACCUGGUGCUGGCUGACAUCCUCCUGCUCUUCUGUUUGCCCAUCAAGGCGUCCAAUUUCAUCCAGGGGGAGCGGAGGAGCAAGAACGACACGGUUUGCAAAGCCAUGCUCUUCAUGUUGUUUUUAAACCGAGGGGCCAGCAUCGCCUUCCUGACGGUGACCUCCAUAGAUCGAUACUUCAACGUGGUGCACCCCGGCCGGAAGAAUCUCCUGCGCGCUCUGAAGAAAUCUCCUCAGAUCUCGAUCAUCAUCUGGCUGCUGCUGCUGCCGCUCACCAUCCCCACCAUGCUCAAGACCUUCGAGUGCUGCAACAGCCACAAGAGCGGCGAAAACGAUCCUUUGAUAAAGGACGUGGUGGACAGUUUGAGAGAGGUGGUCUUCUUCACCCAGAUCGUCAUCCCCUUCGUCAUCCUGGUCUACUGCACGGUGCGCAUCGUCAACCGGCUCAGGAAGAAGACCGUCGGCGAUAAGACCAAGCUGAGGAGAGCUGUCUUCCUGGUGACCUCCGUCAUGGUGGUCUUCUCCGUCUGCUUCCUCCCCUGCGCCAUAGCCAGGAUGGUGCUGCUCAUCGUCCGGGUCCAAGAGAAGGGAGAGUCCUGGCAGGAUGGAGCUGCCGCGGCGUUCGAUGGCCUCAUGGUCCUCUCCUACAUGGACUGUCUACUGGAUCCGCUGGUCUACUGCUUCUGCAGCACCAAGUUUAAAGGCCUUUAUCUCUCCAAUUAUUUCCCCUUCUUGGUGAAGGGAGAUCAGCUGCCGGUGGAAAGCUCGACAGGAAACACACCGAAGCCGCAGCGCAAUCAAGUCAUUUAAUGGAACACAGAGGACGGACGGCUGCUGCCUGUUGUGUUGUUUUUUCCAACACGAGACUGACGGCGUGCCCCCCCCAAAAAAAAACUUUGUGAAAGAGGCGUCCGAAAAGUAAACGCCACGGAGACAAGACUUGAUAUCUAAACGUCUAUUUUCUCACGAUUCUUAAAAAGACACGUACAGAGGUACACGACUGUCCAAAAUGUGUAGUGUUAAUAAACUGUAAUUAAAAUUGGACGACAUGACAGCUACCCCCUCCUGAAGCCACAACAUCCUGAUCGCCCCCUGGUGGCUGGCUGCUGUAUGGGUGAUAAGCCCUGCCUCCUCCAUGUUAGUGGGUGGGACAGUGAGGUUACAAAGUGGACUAUAGGUCAAUGUCAUGCUUUUUUGUCUGUGAGUCCUUCAGGGUGGACAUUGGGCCUUAGCUUCCUUUUUAAGGAACAUGAGGAAGUGGAGACGCAUCUUCUUUAGUUACAAGUUUGUGUAUUGUCAUAUUAAUGUUGGUGGAUUUUCUUUAGGGUCUAUUUGUAAGGGCGACACCUCCCAGCUAAAGUACGCACAUCUGUUUCUUCUGUUUGUCUUGGACAAUGAAAUGAGCGGCAGAGUUACGACCAUGAGAGAUUCCUUCCAAGCGCAGGAAUCUUAUCUGUCCAACCCGUCUGUCUCGCAGAGAAUCUAUCUGAGCUCCAACUGUGAAACAAGGUUUGGAUUCUGACGCAGUAAAGAAAAACGAACCGCCGCAAAGUGUUUAAAUCUGGUCAAAGGGAUUUUGUGUAAAGUUUGGUGAGAAAUUCCAAAACAAGGUCAAAAAAAGAGAAAAGAAAGUUUAAUGUAAUAUUCACAAGCAUGAAUUCCUUCACACCCCUGGUACACAAGAGUUUAUUAAAAAGGCCCAUACAGGAAGCCGGUCAUCAAUGAGGAUUUAAUGAAUUGUACAACUGUUUAUACUGUGUAAAUAUUUAGAGAGAGAUGGGCGUAUUUAUAUUUUCUGUCCAGGAUUAUUUCAUUUUUAAUCAAGUUUAAAUAAACUAUCCCUCAUUGUGUU